AUGCCUAAAGUUAAAGCUGAACUUGAUCUAAAUGCAGGUCAGAUAUUUCAAAGGGUAUAUGAUAUACGGGGCAUUAAGAUAUCUAAAUAUAAGGCAUAUGAUGUAAGGAGGAAAGCGUUGUCUAAAAUAUUUGGAGAUUGGGAAAAAUCUUAUGAAUUACUUCCACAUUAUUUUGAAGCUAUCAAGCGAAAUAAUCCGAGUACUGAAUAUGAAAUAUUGUCUGAAGAGAUUGCAUCGGGGAUUGAGAGGUUCACUCGAGUAUUUUGGGCAUUUGGUCCUGCUAUUAAAGGCUUCACUUUUUGUCGUCCGUUAUUGAUCAAUGACGGUACGCAUCUAUAUGGCAAGUACAAAGGCGUGCUUCUUGUGGCAACCGGUGUAGAUGCAAAUGGCAAUUUAUUUCCUCUAGCAUUUGCAGUUGUGGAGGUAAAGGAUACUUCUAGUUGGAAGUGGUUCUUUGAACUUAUAUACAAGUGGAUUCCUAGUGUCCGUGCGCCCAGAUUAAUUACUUUCAUCUCGGAUAGGAUGAAAGGAAUUAUAAGGGCAUUACAUGAGGGUUUUGGUGCACCACACCACCAUCGAUAUUGUUUAAGGCAUAUAAGAGAUAAUUUUAAGAAAAAGCACAAUGAGAUUAAUUUGCAAAAUCUUUUGUGGCAAGCUGGGUGUGCAACCGAUAUAUUAGUGUAUGAACAUUGUAGAGAGAAAAUCAAGUCUUUGUCAUUAGAUGCACAUAAUUGGAUUGAACAUAACUUGAAGCCUCAAUUCGAGCAUCGAUGGGCAUUAUGUAAGGAUGAGGGUGUGCAGUUUUGCAUUAUGACAACUAAUUGCUCCGAGAGCUUUAACGGCGUUCUUAAAGGAGCACGAGCCAUGCCAAUACAAUCAUUGGUUGCAAGAACUUCUAUAGGCUGA